AUGACCAAGCUUAUUCAGGCUUUCAAGGUGGGACAGGACAUGGGCCUCUACCUGGUAAACUUCGAGAGAGCUUGCGAGAGGGCCCGUUUUAAUCGGGUAUUUUGGGCCAGAAGGUUGCUGAGUGUUCUGCCAUGCGAGGCAGCCGGGGUAAUCGCGAGGUUAUCCGCGGACGACUGGGGCGAAUACGACCGCGUGAAGAGCUGCCUGCUCAAGAAGUAUCGGUUGUCGGCAGAAGCGUUCAGACAGAAGUUCAGGGGCGUGACGAAAAAGUCGGAAGCCAGUUAUGCGGAGUUCGCAUACGAACUUCGGUCGUACCUCGUCGAGUGGAUGAAGGUCGCCGAGUCGUAUGACGACAAAGAGAAAAUGCUGGAGACGGUCGCGCUCGAACAGUUCUGUAAGACUCUUCCUGAAAGCAUGCCAACCUGGUUUCAAGAUAAGUCAGGAGUAGACUCUGUUUACCGAGCUGCAGACCUUGCGGAUGAGUACAGUUCCCGUAGAGGCGGGAAAGAGGGAAUGAGGAGAGCCUUUGAGAAGGAAAGCGGGGAUGAGCGGAAGGAAGGGGGCUGGAAAAGACCAGAGACGCGAAAGGAGGAAGACAAGGAGGAGAAUAUCUCCACGACCUCCCGGGGCAACGGGCCAGACAGUCGACAAAAGAAACUUUUUGGGGCGAGGAGGCCGAUAAGGUGCUUCAAUUGCCACGAAACUGGGCACAUUGCCGCGGGAUGUCAAAAACCAAAGGUGGUUUUCGCCUUAGCGAGUAAGUGCGAGGAGAAUGAGGAGCUCCUGAGUCCGUAUCUUUUCGACAUGACAGUGAACGGAAAGUCGUGCCGCGUGUUGCGCGACAGUGGGGCUACCAUUGACCUAAUUCACCCGUCGUACGUUACCGAGACCCAUUACAAUGGGAAAUGUAGCUGGAUCAAGUCGGUGCUGGACGAGGGGAGCGUGUGUCUCCCUGUGGCCGAUGUUCUGAUUUCUGGACCAUUCGGAGAGGGGCGUACUGAGGCGGCUGUUUCAGACAAACUGCCGCCACAGUACCCCUACCUAUUUUCGAACCGAACAGACAGGAGUUUGAAAGAACAGGGCAAGAGCCUCGGGGAGGGACUCGUUCAAGCGCUCACGAGGGCUAAAGCCCGCGAGAUUUCAACGCGGCUCAGUUAUGACGAGGCUAGCCUAGGAAAACCGAAAGAUCCGCCAACUGGGGUCUCGGAGCAAACCAGUUCCGGGGGAGCAGAGAAAGACCGGGGUAGUGAGGAAAACGUCGCGGUCGAAACAGAAACUCGCCAGGAACAGCUAACCGAAACGAACUAG